CUCGGUCUGAGGAGGCCAAGGCGUUGGCUUUGGGUUCAGCCGUUGGCGUCAGUUUCUGUCUCCUUCUCCCGCGCGACCCCGGCCAUGAUUGUGGAUAACACCCGGGACGUGCGGUUAGAUGACGACUCCGGCUCCUUGAGCAGCCCGUUCAAUUUGGCUUUUUUUUACGGAGCCUCCCCUCGCUCCAGCGAGGGCAGCUGCUCCCCCACUCCCUCCGCUCCGGGAUCCCCCAGCUCUGACUCGGAGUCCUCGGCCAAUGGCGCCACCGGCAGCAACUAUUUGAGGAAGAGGCGCUAUUCCCGGAAUGCCGCGCGCCCGACUGGAGAAGCUGAGCAACAUAUGGGGGGAGGAAAGCAACAAAGAGGACCUUUCCAAGGUGUUCGGGUAAAAAAUUCUGUGAAAGAAUUGUUGUUGCAUCUUAGAAAUAGCAAGCAGAUGUCCACAGAUCAUGGAACUGAGGAAUUAAAGGCACAAGGAACAUUCAUGAAACAUGAUCCAUAUACAGCAGAACUAAAAAAUAUAUUGACUUAUAAUCGGAAAAGAAAAGCUUCGGACUGUCUUUCUGAUGGAGUAUAUUACAAACGAACAGUUACUUUGCAACCUCACCUCUUGACACCUCCACAGACACCAACUUCCAUGGAUAAUAAUAUGGAGGAUCCCCAUAAUAAUGAGCCUAAGCAAGACAGCAGCUGUGAUAUGCUGCAGAAUAUUAUCAAUAUUAAGAAUGAAUCCAGUCCAGUGUCUUUGAACACUGUACAAGUUAGCUGGCUUCACAGCAUGGUCAAUCCCAACUCUCCAGGGGAACACCAAUACCAAGAGAUGACUGGGGCACAAGCUUUUUCACCUGUUCAAAAGUACCAAGCUUUCCAAACAAACAGCUCUUCUCCAAUGCUGGACCUGUCCCAGAAUUAUCAGUUUUCUCCUACACAACAACAACAGGAUAUGUCCCAGCAUUGUAUUCCAUUGCUGGAAUACAGGCCUCACUCUGCAGGCAGCCAUUCUUCUGAAUAUCAACAAAAUAUUUUUGACAGCCAAGAAGUGCCAUAUUGUACCACAGAAAGUUUUGCUUCUCUUUUAAAUGACUCGGAAGGAUCAGACAACAUCCCUGCUCCAUUCCCUCAAGCAAUUCCUAGUGGCCUCCAGCAAACUGAAAUCAGUAGCUGCUCUCAGCAUUUCAGCCAGGUCUCAGAUAACACAUCCAGGGGUCUUGAGGAACAUGGUUUAUCUCUGUCCUCUUCAGAUAUAUCUCUGCAACUUCAGGGCAGUACAAGCAGCACAACUCAGUUGGGCAAAUCAUUUUUCCAGUGGCAAGUGGAACAGGAAGAAAACAAAAUGGCCAACAUUUCUCAAGACCAGAUUCUUGCUAAAGAUUCUGAUGGUGACACAUUUCUCCACAUUGCAGUUGCCCAGGGACGACGGGCAGUUUCCUAUGUGCUGGCAAGAAAGAUGACAGCCCUGCAUAUGCUGGAUAUUAAAGAACACAAUGGCCAGAGUGCCCUGCAAGUAGCUGUGGCUGCAAAUCAACACCUUAUUGUCCAGGAUCUGGUUAGUCUUGGGGCACAAGUGAAUACUACAGAUUGUUGGGGUAGAACUCCACUGCAUGUGUGUGCUGAGAAGGGUCAUGCACAAGUCCUUCAGGCAAUCCAGAAAGGAGCCAUUGUAAGCAAUCAGUAUGUUGAUUUGGAGGGAACGAAUUAUGAGGGUUUGACAGCGUUGCACUGUGCAGUAGUGGUUCAUAAUGCCGUAGUACAUGAACUACAGGGGCAGCAGUCACCUCAUACUCCUGAAGUCCAGGAAUUAAGGUUGAAAAGCAAGAAGCUGGCAGAUACAAUCAAAUAUCUAAUUCAGAUGGGGGCCUCUGUUGAAGCCAGAGACCGUAAAAGUGGCCGUUCAGCCCUUCACCUAGCAGCUGAAGAAGCAAAUGUGGAACUCCUUCGACUGUUUUUAGAGCUCCCAAAUUGUCUGUCUUUUAUCAAUGCCAAGGCUUACAAUGGCAAUACUGCACUCCAUGUAGCUGCUAGUUUGCAGCAUCGAAUGACUCAGCUGGAUGCAGUUCGUUUGUUGAUGCGCAAAGGUGCUGAUCCAAGUGCCAGGAAUUUGGAAAAUGAGCAGCCAGUUCACUUGGUUCCUGAUAGCCCUGUUGGAGUUGAGAUAAGACGAAUCUUAAAAGGGAAGACAAGUCAGCAGAGAUCAUCAGUCUAUUAAGCUCCAUGAGUAAGAUGACCCAUACUCGCUGUCAGUUAGGCAGCCCCCAUGUAAAUGUAAAUAGACCAUUUGUCCAGUGGAGGCAAAUGUUUGUUGUUUCUAUGAAACAAGAAUAUUUUGUUCACUAUUAUAUAGUGGGUUAAUAACAAUUCUUCUUCACAGAUGAGACUAUUUUAUACCAAGCAUUCUGUAACAGUUUGAAUUAUUCCAUUAAGCAACUUAAGAAAUCAAGAACAAAACUGACAGUUACAGUCCUUCAUAUUUCUACCCAAAAGUAAUUUCUGUUCAGUGUACUGUACUGUUUAUUAGACUUUAUUGGAUUACCUUGACUUCGCAUCAGGGUAUAGCAAAUAUUAAGAAUAACAUAUAACAAGAGCAGACAUUUUUGCUGUGGCUUAUGAUAUAGAAUAUAGGUAUUAAGAAUACUAAAAAUUACUAAUAAUAGUCAUUUAUAUUUUAGCUUUUUCUUUUUAUGUAAUUAUGGUUAUUUUCAGUAGGUAUAGUUAAUUAAAUGUAUUAAAGUUUCUAAUAAUUUAAACCUUUUACAGUGGGGAAUUCUGUGUAGAAUUCUGUUAAGUUUUUAAAAGUUAUUAACAUAAUUGUUAAAUUGUUUUUGUGAAACACUUCAAAAUGAUUUAUAAAGAAACAUUGUCUAUAUGGUGAUUUCAUUGGUCACAGCAAUAAUUUAUGGAGAUUCAGAAAAAUAAUGCUGGCUUGUGUUCAUUCUUUUUCAAAUUAAUUAAUUCUUUCAAAUUAAUACUUCCUGAUUACAUACAAUUAUAAAUGUUUGUAACAAAAAUAUCAAAAGAAUUCAGUUAGAAUAAAUAAGCAAUAGUAUGACAGAUUCAAUUAGAGUCUCUAAAAAUGAACUGCAUUUGAUCAAAAUGAUGCUGAUUGCAUGAUAUAUAUAUAUACUUUUUGUCAUUUGUAAAAAAAAUUCUAAGGAUCAAAUAAAUUAGGACUACCUGUUAUAUUCUAAUAUUCUAUCAUGCUCAAGAGGAAUUGAAAAGGAAUAUGAAUGUCAAGAGGCAGUAUGAUUUGAAAUACUGGUUGUUUUAAAAGUUGUUGUAUACAUAUUUGCUUAUGACAGGAGUUCAAAAACUGAUUUUUGUGACUCUGGUUCCAAAGAUUUCAGUUCUUUUGUUUCUAAAAGGCAAACUACUUCACCAUUUAAAAACCCUGAAACAGUAUGAAAUCCAUCUAUUCUGACUCUGGAGAGUGGUCAAUACACCGCAUUAAGUGUGGUGUGAUCCUCAAAUUGAUAGAAGUCACAUAUCCCUAGUUUAUGAUACUCACAAAGACAUUUGGCUAAUGACAGAAAACUGAACUGAUGUUUGAUCGGAGUAGGAUUCUUCUACACUGACUCUGAUUCUCUCAUUUUGAAUCAAUAGAUGUAUGUCUCAGGGCUUUGCAAAAAAUUAAUUGCAUUAUAUUAUUUUACCUUAUAGGUAUAGUAGGUAGCUGGAUGUUAAUAUAUAAAAAAAUGUAAAACAUAUUAAAAUGUUUCAUUGUAGUAACUACUUUCAGAAUUGCAUUGCUUUUUUAAAAUUCUGUACAUACUGUUCUUGAAUCACUACCCUGAAUCAUAAAUUUUCCAUAAUUAAUCAGAUCAUAUUGUUUGAUCAAGUAUGUCUUGUAGACAAAUAAUAGGGAAAUUUAUAUUUGAUAUUUAGAGCUACAAAUAUAUCUUUUGAAA